AUAAGUAUUCAGGUGAGAAGCUUCUGGUCAAAAUGAUUCAGCAAGAAACCAUCACCGCCCCCCGCACCCCCACCCGAGGCAGGCAGCCCCCACCCCCGCCCGGGGGCGGUUUGCGGGGCGGGGCCCCCCCUCUCAGCUCCCCAGCACUGCCCUCGGCCCCGGCCCGGCUGCCCCAACACACGCUGCCCUCCGCGCAGGCAGCCAUGCGGCGGGUCGGGGUGCUGCUCGCCUUCUGCUGCCUGGUCCUGAGCACCACCGGGGGCCCUUCGCGAGAUUUUUGUUCCCAGACCCUUAACCCAGAUGUGAAGCCAGGAUUUCCCAAAACAAUAAACCCCCACGACCCAGGAGUCCUCCAAGCAGCCAGACACUGCGUUGAAAAGUUCAACAACUGUACAAAUGACAUCUUCUUGUUCAAGGAGUCCCACAUCAGCAAAGCCCUGGUCCAGAUCGUGAAGGGCCUGAAGUACAUGCUGCACAUGAAGAUUGGCAGAACUUCUUGCAAGAAGACCCAGCACCCUAUUCUAGACAACUGUCACUUCCAGACCAACCAUACCUUAAAAAGGACUUUCAGUUGCUACACGGAAGUUUGGGUCAUCCCCUGGCUCCAGAGGUUCGAGGUGCCCGUUCUCCGCUGUCGCUGACUUCAGCCUCUCAGCAACACUGCACUCCUGCUCUUUACUGCACGUGGUCACAGCCCCGCCCUGGCUGUCACAGGCCCUGGGACCUUCCGACGUAGUGGCUCACCAGUGAGCCAAAACGGAAGUGCCUGUGGGCUCAUCACAGAGUAGCCAGGGUGGAAGAAUGAUACUGCCUGUGGUUAGAGUAUGUAUUUCUCAUUUUCUUCUAAUCUAACUAAUUUUACCGAUGCUCUGAUGGUAAUUAUUCAGGUUCUGGACCCCUGAGUGAGCCCCCUCCGUCCCCUCCCACUUGAUUACCUGGUGGUCCCACAUCCAGCAAUGAAAGCCCAAAGAUCGUCCCUUUGACCAAAUAAUGGUUACAGCCUUGGGCAGGGGGACAAGUCAGCUAUUGUGCAUCUUGACAUUUUGUGCAUGAAUAAAACUAUGAAUAAAUAUGAAUAAAGAACUGACCAUCUCAAAGCAACACCUGUUGCUUUAACCUGUUAAAGGGUCAGGAAGGUGAGGUGAACGUUGUGAGGGGUCCCUCUCACUGAGUGGUCUGAUGAGUCUUAAGUGACUUCCAAAAAGCCCCUUGGAGGCUUCUCUGGCCUUUCACUGCCAGCUAAACUAUACUGAAGACCAGAGGCCUGUGUCCACAUCAUGAACUGGCAGGGCAGGUAGCACCCCACUUUGGAGGGCACUCACCCUCUAGCUGGGCUUUCUUCUGACCAAGAGUCAUACACCCAAGUUCUUGAUGGACUUGAUAAUUCAUAGGAAACAAAAUCUGCAUUAAAUAUGUAUGACAAUUUGGUAUGCAGUUGUAAACUUGAUCACCGUGUACAACCAAAAUGAAUUACCCUUUGGCUUCCUUCAGUGAGGGGAGAGCUUUAAUUUCCAAAUCCUCACUCAUUUUUGCUGGCUCGCCUCCUUCUGGUCAUUUAAUUCAGGGACAGUGAUAGCAACUAUGCCACAAGACAAUUUAUUUGAUGAUUCUGAAGGCCACCCUUCCAUCAAGAUAAAUAAGUCCACCCAGUGUUGUUGACACCAUACAUAAACAAGGUGCAGGAACACCAGGAGUCAAGAGCUUCAGACUCAGAUGGGCCUCGGGACACAGCUGAAGGGGCAGGAUGUUGCAGCAAAUGAAGGUAGGAACCCAUGCGAACUCCCAGUUGGUCCUCAUGAACAUCUAAAUAUGGCCCAGAGCACAUGAAGGCCAGGCCUCUCCUGAAAAUUAUUACUUAGGCUUCCCGGCCUGUGGGCCCACCUGGCCUCAUGGUCAGAAAUGAGAAUGCACACACAGGUGUGGGGGAGCAGCCUCACAGUACCUCUGCUCCGAGCUGAGUUGCAUUUGAACCUCCUUCUGCCCAGCCAGGAGCCAGGGCUGACCUUACGUCUGGGGACAGAGAAGGAAGCCUCAAAUCUGAAUCUCCAAACUCUCAGGUUUCAACGCUAACCUAUGCCCACAAUUUUCGAAACAUCAUUUGGGGCCAGGUAUUUAAAAUCUCUUCCUAUAAAGUAAACAGAAGUCUUAGAACUAAGACAGACCAGCUCUGGCAAAAGCCAGUUGACUGUGGGUCCCCCAAUCUCAGGCUUCUGCAAACCUUCUCUACAUGAGGACCUUAGGGCCUGAACUCUAGGCGACUUGAACUCUCUAAUACGUCAGCUGUUUUAUUAUCCCCAAUCUGCUUUAUGUACUAUACCUCACAGAAGACAAUGCUUGACUUUAAAUAACGCUUACACCAGCCGCAGCGGCCCCAGAAGGAAAGGGGCUGAGCCAGUGAGCCCGCGUGAAGCUACUCUGAUUUCUGGAAGCCAAGAGCUCAUGGGCCCUUGUCCUCCAGACACAUCUGCCAACCACACUACUGCAGACGUCUGGCUACAGCUGCCUGGAGAGCAGGUCCUGUGGGCAUGCUGCUUGUUCUAGCAGCCUAACUCUGCCCCUCACCCCCACCCCAUGAAAGACUUCACUCUAGACCGAGCACAGCAAAGCCCGGCCUGGGAGGGGACUGGCCAGAGAGCCAUUUGGUAGGAUUCAAACAGAUGAAACAAAACACCCACAUGGAGAUGGUGUAACUUACCAUCGGUGGCGGACGUCAACCAGCGAUGACGUGAAGUCUCAUACUGCCACCCCAAUUUUUUUAAGAUUGUAUUUAUUUAUUUGACAAAGACAGAGAACACAAGUAAGCAGAGCAGCAGGCAGAGGGAGAGGGAGAAGCAGGCUCCCCACUGAGGAAGGAGCCCCAUGCAGGACUCAAUCCCAGGACACUGGGAUCGUGAUCUGAAGGCAGCCGCUUAACUGACUGAGCCACCCAGGCACCCAGGCACCCCUUGCUGACCCAAUUUUACCUGCGUUUUUAGACUCAGAGCUUUACUCUCAGAAUGACUCUGACACAGAGGGAAGCUGUGACAUCAUCUAAUGUUAUUCUCACUGAGAAAAUGUAAAGUACCCAGGAUUCUAAGACAUACCAGAAUUAGGACCAAAGCGAAAAAAAACUCAUUGUUCAAGGUCUCAAAAACUGAGCAAAACCAGUCAAAAUUCUAACAGUCUUGCCCUGAGUGUUCUAGAGCUUUCCCUGGCCAUGCCCCACACCUCCUCACUAGCUAUACACAGACUCUCAGGGAUUCAGCUCUACUGGCCCUGCUCCAGGUGUCUGCCCAGCCCAGCCCCUUUAGAGUACAGGUGGGUCCCAGCAGUGAUGAGUGCCCCACCACUGUCAUGGGGACCACCUGUGAAGCUUGAAACCAUGAUGAUACCAGGCCAUUCUGAAAGACUGGGAAGCCCAGAGGACUCUGAUGUGCAGCCAAGGUCCAGCCCCUGGGCUGGGCAGUGACCACCACAGAGCCAGGUCCUGGGAACAGCACCCCGCCUCAUCUCCCAGCUUCCCCAACAGAUUCUGAAGUCAGACCAUGGGUCCUGACUCAGCAGUGUGCUGGCACGGUGUGCCCAGUGAGUCUGGGCAAGUCCUCUCCACCCGCCCCCGCAAGCCUCAGUUCCCCCUAUAAAAACACUAUAUCUCCUUCCAUCAGUAAAACGUCAGUGUUCAUGAAAAC